AUGCCUGAUCCAGCCAACCUGCCUCCGGAGCUCUUUGAGCAAAUCCUUGCUACCACCCUCCGCGACCGCGCAUACAAUAACGCCGAGCACAGCCGCGGCUUCAACGUCGGAACAGACAUUCACCAAUCCAGCCAGCUAAUGACGGUCAGCCGCGCAUGGUAUGACAUUAUUAGGGCGCGUCUAUACUCACAAUGGUCUUAUAAUGGUGCGCGGAAUUCCCGCCAGUACCUGUGGCGCUUUGUACGGACGAUUCUGUCCCGCCCGUGUCUCGCUGAGAGCGUGCGAGCGAUUAAUGUGGGGAACUGGGGGUUCUAUCCGGACGUUCUAAAGGCUGACCCUGCCGCUGCGGAUAAUGUUGUCAUACUUUCAGACGAGGAUGUAAACCUCAUGCGGACAAGGCUCCGCUUAGCACUGCAUGGCACCCCGAAUGUGGAUGCGCUGGAGGCAAAGAUCCUGAAUCCCGAAGCACUUGCCAAUCGCGAUUGCAUGCCGCUGGUUAUAUUGCUGUUAAUAUGUCUCCCAAAUCUGUUGGUACUUUAUAUGCAUCUUCCAGAGACUGAUCUGAUGGGCCAUGUCUUCAAGGAAAUACUGCGCUGCCACGAGAACGGGAGCCCGCUGCCUUGUCUGCGCCACCUGGCUCACGUUCAUCUACUGGGCGAGGUCAAGCCCGCGGCGCCUGACGCACCUUGGUCACCCAUAGUGUCUCGGCCAGCUUUGAAGCUGCGUGAUUUCUGGCCAUGUCUGUGGUUUCCGAGUCUUCGCACCCUCGCUCUUUAUGACCUAGAUCCAGAGGGGGCCGCAUCUCUUCUUGAACACCAACAUCAGAGAGGGAAGAUAUGUCAAGUUGAAGAACUGCGGCUCGUUAUAAGCGCCGGAUCCGCGUCUACAGGCUGUGAUAUCCAAGCACUUCUCUCUUUGGUACCGUCGCUGACUCGCUUGUCCUUGAACUGGGACCAGAGCGAGUUCUCGAUUCCGGACUUGUGGAAUGCUCUGCAACAUCACCGGGACACUCUUGAGGAGCUUGACCUUUAUUACACUGCAUCUCAUCUGGACGAUCGUCCCCCAUCUCCCUUUGGCUCCUUGCAGGAGUUUUCGCAAUUAAAACGCCUUGACAUCCAGACGUAUGUCCUAUAUGGCAUGACCAAUGAGUGGUUGUCAUCACAACACAUAGCAGAGACACUACCAGAGAGCAUAGAUACUCUAGUUCUUAAUCUUGACUGGGCUGACAAAAAAGCUCCUGACUCCUUGGCUAGCUUCGUGGCGACUGAGGUCACUUUUCUUAUGGCGCAGCGACGACGCCCCCUAAAACUGCUUGGUCUGAAAGACGGGGACGCCGAGGGAUCUCGGGGCACCUUCUACUACUGGAAGCAUAGAGCCGCGCAGAGCGGUAACCAAGAGGAGCUUGAGCGCGCUGGCCCAGAGCCAUACCCUGGCAUCUGGGCGGCAUGCACAGCCGCCAACACUCAAUUACGCAUUGGGGGCCGCCUUUGUCUGGAUCCAGCUUUCAACACACAUUGUCACUACCACCGCGGCGGUGCCUGUACCAUGCUCUGGCGCAAAACCUGGGACAUGCGAAAAGAUGGCUUGGGGCGCAGCAGGAUGUUUCUGGAUCGCCUCCCACAACCCGUCAGGGGCCAUGGCAGGGGAUGGCAGCAAUUCUCUCAACAAACACACACCGUCCCAUUUACCGACCACGCCGGGAACCCGGCUUUGAUGGUGUUUCAAAACCCACCGCAAAUCAUGUACUCGACGCUUCCACCGCUAUUUCCCUUUGUGCUCUACCUCACCCACCCAAACGCAGGCCCAAGCCCGUCGCAAGCCGAGGCACUCGUGGCCCUCUACAACAUCUUCGAUAACUCCCACCUGGGCUCCGACUUCCCCUUCCGCCUGGAUGUCUAUUUCAUGCCAGCGGGGAGGGAAGCGGACUGCAAGGCGCACUACCUUGCGGAACGGACCUCGCGCCUGGAUAUCGGGAUGGUCCUGAAGUUGUACCGGCGGCUAGAAUUCAGAUACACGCGCCGAGAAGACAAGCUCCGGUGGGGCCAGCCGAUCCUGCGAAAUCUGUCGCGGCUCCGGCCCCCUGUGGGACGUCUCCCCGGCAUGCAGCAUGAAUUCCCGGAUCUGGAGCCGUACAAGGCGUUCCUACUUAUCAGCGCCGACGAGGACUGGCGGGACGGCGAGCAGCGCAUCUCGUGCGUCAAGUUUGAUCUCGCGGGUUCGAGUGCUGAGGAUCGCGAGCGGGUUGCAGCCCAGUAUAUGGACGUUAGCGACGAUGAAGAUGACGCUCGCCCUCUCCUGGAGGAGCCCGAGGAUGAAGAAGCACUCGAUCCUUCGGAUGCUGGUUUCAACGAGGAUGGGCAAGAGGGAGAAGAAAAUCUCGAGGCCGACGGAGAAGAGGAAGUCGAGGUGCCCGAGGAAGACAUUGAAACCAACGAUGAAGAAAAAGAGGAAGCCAUCGACCACCCUGGUAGCAUCACGCAGUCCGUCCGCAUCUCGGAAGACAGUCCGCGGACUGAGAGGGCCAGCAACGACAAGGUCCUCGGAGACUGGCUAAGAAGGGCAGUCGGUUCUAUUCCGGAAAUUCCAGGGUAUCAGCUCGACACGGAGCAAAUCAGGGCUGCGGAGAUGGGGUGGUCGAAUUGGUAA